GCCUCCUCUCAACACUCCAGAGAACAGAGAGUUCCUCGCUGAGAUCAUGUUUGAGACCUUCAAUAUCCCAGGACUCUACAUCGCUGUCCAGGCGGUGUUGGCCUUGGCGGCGUCCUGGACGUCUAGGCAGGUGGGACAGAGGACUCUGACCGGCAUCGUCAUCGACAGCGGAGACGGAGUCACACACGCCAUCCCUGUGGCUGAGGGCUACGUGAUUGGCAGCUGUAUAAAGCACAUCCCUAUCGCAGGGCGGGACAUCACCUUCUUCAUCCAACAGCUGCUCAGAGACAGAGAGGCGGGAAUUCCUCCAGAGCAGUCCCUGGAGACCGCCAAGGCCGUCAAGGAGCGGUACUGUUACAUUUGUCCAGACAUCGUAAAAGAGUUCACAAAGUACGACUCUGACCCGGGGAAAUGGAUCAAACAGUACCGCGGAGUCCACGCCGUCAGUCAGACCGCCUUCCACAUCGACGUCGGCUACGAACGUUUUCUGGGCCCCGAGAUCUUCUUCCACCCCGAGUUCGCCAACGCUGACUUCAUGCAGCCGAUCUCUGAUGUCGUUGAUGAUGUCAUUCAGAGCUGUCCAAUAGACGUGAGGAGACCGCUCUACAAGGUGACUCACCUGAGAACACCUCG